CCAGCAACCGCCACCAAGACAUGGCGAGUGCGGGGUCGCCGCGGCAGCAGCAGGGCGCAGAGGCGGGCGGUGGCUGGGAGGUCCCCGGGGCUCGGAGCGCGGCGGCUGGGAGGCUCCAGCAGCAGCCGCCGGUGUCAGCGGCCGGAGAUGAAGAGCCGGAGCAGGUGUCAGGCGGGGCCGCGUCCGCGCUGCUGGGGGAGACCGGGCUGGCGCUGGGCGGCUGCAUCGCGGCUGCUCUGAGCUGGGAGAGGCCGCUCCGCAGCCUGGGCGGGUUCGUCUGCGCCAACCUGCUGUUCUGGUUCCUUGCACUGACCCCUUGGAGAGUAUAUCAGCUGACUUCUCUCAUAAUACUUGGGGUUGUAAUUAUGCAGAUAAUGAAGGAUAUGGUAUUGUCUCGGAUAAAAGGUGCACAGCUAUGGAGGAGCCUCACUGACAGCUGGGAAGUCAUCAAUUCCAAACCUGACUACAGGCCCAAAAUAAACCAAUGUAUUGUAGAUGCAUUGGUGAAUUUAUUUCUAUUUCUUCAGGAAAUGUCACACUUCAAAGAGAAAAACCCUGGCAAGUUUUGCCUUCUGGUCUGCAGUGUGUGUACAUUUUUCACUAUCUUGGGUAGUUACAUUCCUGGAAUUGUACUCUCCUACUUUCUAUUACUGUGUGCCUUUUUAUGUCCGCUGUUCAAGUGCAAUGAAUUUGGGCAGAAGAUGUGCAACAAAAUCAAGUCAGUUCUGCUGAAACUGGAUUUUGGAAUUGGGGACUAUAUCAAUCAAAAGAAGAGAGAGAGAUCUGAAACCGCAAAACCAAAAUCCAUGGAAGAUGACAGUGAAUUAGACAUAUCAGCCCUGUGUCCUAAGAUUAGUCCUACAGUUAUUGCUAAAGAGUUAUCGGUGUCUGACACAGAUGUAUCAGAGGUAUCUUGGACUGAUAAUGGGACCUUUAAUUUAUCUGAGGGAUACACUCCACAGACAGACACAUCUGAUGAUUUUGACCGACCUAGUGAUCAUGAAGAAGCUUUUGCCAGAGAUCUUGCAGAAUUUCCCUCUCUAGAAAAUGGCGCAGGAACAAAUGACGAUGAUGACUCGAGCAUUGGCAUUCCCACCCAUCAGAAGAGAAAAAAGGAACAGAUGCCUUCCAAGAUGGCUCAUUCUCCCAGACAGAGGAAAGAGAGGCAGUCUGCCACAGGCCUCUCCCUUCCUUUGACCAGUGACCAAACCUUUAACUUAGUGAGUGAUAUUGCUGGUGAUGUUAUUGCAGCUGCUGUGUCUGCCGCCAUCAAAGACCAGUUGCAGUCCACACAACGAGCACCCUCACAGGUAGUCCCCAGUUUGAGUGAGGAGACAGACACGGAAGAAGCUGAUGAUUUUGAACUGCUUGACCAAUCAGAGCUUGAGCAGAUUGAGAGUGAACUGGGGCUUACACAAGGCCACGAAGAAAAGCCACAGGAAAAAAAGAAAUCUUCAGGCUUCCUUUCAAAUCUGCUUGGAGGUCAUUAACCUGGAAAUUGGAGCUAGUAACGUAGCAGAAGUGAAACAAAAAAUCAAAUGCAAAAAAAAGGAAAAUGCUCAGCUGUAAGCUUUAACUAUUACUUCAGAUGUGUUGUAAUAAUUUCCCUUACACAGAGUGAAUUAAUUGGAUACAUAUCAGCUGACCCUGAUAGUUUAAUGUUUCUGAUAGUUGUGCCUCAAUGUAGUAGCAUGGAAAUGAAGUAUCUAGCCACUCUUUGGUCACUGAUGAAUGUUAGAGGUCAGUUGUUAUUUAAGGAAAAAUUAAAUUGCCAAAUCUAGAUUUCGAGGUCCUCAGCCAAAUGCUCUUCACCUUCAGUUUGUUUCCACUUAGUUUUCAAGCAUCCAAAGCAGUUAACGAUAUGUACAGUGAAGAGAAAUUAUGAAUAGGAUGCAGUGAGAUUAGCAAAAUCUUAUCUGCCUCUAUUAUAGUGGAAUAUCUAGAUCCCUAUGGUUAUUGUGUGUGGCAUGUUUGAUGUCCAUGAACACUUUAUUCAGCAUAAACCUCAAAUUUAAGGAUGUGUGCAAUGCCAUCAAAAUUAACAAAAGUUGUGUUGCAUAUGUAAACUUUCAAAUUAAUUUCUUGAUAAGCUGAUACAUUUCCAAGUUAUCUCUGAUGUUUUAGGCUUGUAGAGCUAUGAAAUGGCAUGCUACUAAAUUGACCACCUGCUGUAUUCUCUGCUAGAGUCUGGUACUGGGCAGUCAGUAAUGUCCAUAAAAAGCAAGGCAAAAACAAUGUUACACUUUAGAUUAUAAAUAUCAUGUAAACUGAACAAGGCCUUUGUUGUUUUGUUUUUUAAUUUUAGUUUGGAAUAGGGAAGCCAAGAAUAUUAAAGGUGAACAGAGAGGCUUUUUACCUGCCAAUACCUGCAGUCAGGGUUCUGGUUUUUUCAUGAGACAGCUGCUAUCACUCCUAAUUGAAGUCAUUAGAGAGUUAUUCUUUAAGCUGUAUCUGGUGUUCAGUGAGGCCAGAUGUUAAAGAAGAAACACAGAAACUUCUUGGCAUACAAGUGAAGGAGGAACUUGUUUAAAAAUAUUUAUUUGUAAUUUUUAACUCCUCACAUACUCAGACUGGCUUGGGAUCUUAAACAAGUAACUUAGUCCGGUUUUUUUUCAAGAUUUUUGGUUCACCUUUAAACAAAGAUGAAAGGCAAUGCCCAUUUAAGGUAAACAAAGAUUAAUAGGAAGAAGUAAAGCUAGUUUUAUUAAUGUGCUGUAAAUUGUUAGCAGGGUUGAGGGACCAUGUCAGCUGUUAUCACUAAUCUUUAUGUGAUCUCCUAUUUGCUGGCAUUUUACAGGUGAAUGUUGUUAUCUAGAACCCUCAGAAAGUACAAACCAAGCUUAUAGCAAGGUCAGCUUUUCUUCCCUAAUAGAAUAUAUUUAGAAAAAAACUUGUUUUAAAGUAGCACAGUUUUAAAUUUGUUUUUCUUUCUGAGGCAUUUAAAAGCUAGACAGAUUGCCAAAAAGAUUUUAGG